UCCAGUCACCUUGAUGCUUUUUCGCACAAUCCGCCUGGAGAAGCUGAGGCCAAAAAAGCAUGUGAGUGGCUCCGAGCGACAGGAUUCCCUCAGUAUGCUCAGCUUUUUGACGAAGGUUUUUUUCCCCUGGAUAUUGGCUCGGUGAAGAAGGACCACGGUUUUCUGGACGAGGACUCUUUGGGGGCCCUGUGCAGGAGGCUGAUGACCUUGAACAAUUGUGCCUCGAUGAAACUGGAGGUUCACUUUCAGAGCAAGCAGAAUGAAGCCCCGGACGGGGAGGAGCAGUGCACCAUCGGCAGCCGCCGGGCCUGCCUGCAGGAAAGGAAGCGCUGGGCUCGCGUGGGCUCCUCGGACCUGCUGGCCCCGCCGAGCCCUGGCCUGCCAGUGACCUCAAGCUGUGAGAGUGUCCUCACCGAGCUUAGCGCCACCUCCCUGCCAGCCAUCACCGUGAGUCUACCGCCUGAGCCGGCAGACCUGCCCUUGCUAGACUGUGCCCCCAGCCCGGGUGACCAGUCCUUCCUCAGCCCCACCCGGGGCCAGGAGGGUCCUCAGGACAAAGCCAAGAAGCACCGUUCCCGCAACUUCCUCAAGCACCUUGAGUCUCUGAGGCGGAAGGAAAAGGGUGGCAGCCAGCAAGCAGAGCCCAAGCGUGGCUCAGCCGCCUCGGAGAAGGCCACCAAAGCCUCGUCUUUCCGCAGUUGCCGUGGCUUCCUCUCAGCUGGAUUUUACAGGGCCAAGAACUGGGCAGCCACCUCAGCCAGUGGCAGUGGCGCUGGCACUCGGAGGGCCUGGGCGGCUUGGCCUGUGGCCACAUUCCAGCAUCCUCGGCGGGUACACCGGGGUGACUGUCUGGUGCACGUGCCUGGGGACCACAAACCGGGCACCUUCCCUCGCUCUCUGUCCAUUGAGAGCCUGUGUCCAGAGCACGGACGCCGCCUGGCCGCCUGGCAGCCUUGUAGGCGCUGGGGCUGCGAGGGGCGCCGGGACUCUUGUGGCUCUUGUGGCUCAACGGGCAGCCAUGCCAGCACCUAUGACAACUUGCCGGAGCUGUACCCAGCUGAAGCUCGCCUGGCCGAUGCCGAAGACGAGGAGGGCAGGGGCAGCUACACCCACGUGGAUGACAUCCUCCAGCACGUGUGGGGGCUGCAGCAGUGGGUUGAGCUCUGGUCUCAGGCCAUAUACCCAGCUCUGGGGCCUGGGGACAAGGAAGAGGAAGAAGAAGAGGAAGAGGAGGAGGCCACUUCUUCAGUAGAAAUAGCCACAGCUGAGGCUGAAGGCCGGGCUGAGGCUCCGGCCCAUGGGGAGCCUGUAGCCCGGGUCCAGGCUGAAGCGCAGCCAGUAGUGCCGGCUCAGGCCCAGGCCCAGGCCCCAGCCGACACAUCGGCGCAGGCAGAGGCCGAGCCCCAGGCCCCGACCCGGGACGAUGAGCAGGAGGCACGUUCAGCCAGAGAGCCCACCUCUACCUCCAGCCUGUCUGUGGAAGAAGGACGCUCCAUCUCGGACACCGUGGCCUCCUCCAGUGAACUUUACAGUAGCGGGAGCUCCGUGAAUGAGGCUGAGGCUGCAGGGUCCCUGGCUGGGCCCCAGGCAUCAGCGCCCCGGGAACGGCGUGAUUCAGGUGUUGGGGCCUCGCUUACCAGACCCUGCAGAAAGCUCCGUUGGCACAGCUUCCAGAACUCCCACCGGCCUAGCCUCAACUCGGAGUCACUGGAGAUCAACAGGCAGUUCGCAGGCCAGAUCAACCUCCUGCACAAGGGCUCGCUGCUGCGGCUCACUGCCUUCAUGGAGAAGUACACUGUGCCCCACAAGCAGGGCUGGGGCUGGUCAGUGCCCAAGUUCAUGAAGAGGAACAAGACCCCAGACUACCGGGGACAACAUGUAUUUGGGGUGCCACCUCUCAUCCACGUGCAGCGCACGGGCCAGCCGCUGCCACAGAGCAUUCAGCAGGCCAUGCGCUACUUGCGCAGCCAGUGCCUGGACCAGGUGGGCAUCUUCCGCAAGUCUGGAGUCAAGUCCAGGAUCCAGAACCUACGCCAGAUGAACGAGAUCUCGCCUGACAACGUCUGCUACGAGGGCCAGUCGGCCUACGAUGUGGCUGACCUGCUGAAGCAGUAUUUCCGGGACCUGCCCGAGCCCAUCUUCACCAGCAAGCUCACCACCACUUUCCUGCAGAUCUACCAGCUCCUCCCCAAGGAUCAGUGGUUGGCAGCAGCGCAAGCUGCCACCUUACUGCUCCCCGAUGAGAACCGAGAGGUGCUACAGACACUGCUCUACUUCCUAAGUGACAUUGCCUCUGCUGAGGAAAACCAGAUGACAGCCGGCAACCUGGCAGUGUGCCUGGCACCCUCCAUCUUCCACCUCAACAUCUCCAAGAAGGACAGCCCCUCGCCCAGGAUGAAGAGCAAACGCAGCCUGGUUGGCCGGCCAGGCCCCAGGGACCUGAGUGAGAACAUGGCUGCCACCCAGGGCCUAUCACACAUGAUCAGUGACUGCAAGAAACUUUUCCAGGUGUCCCAGGACAUGGUGCUGCAACUGUGUGGCUCCUACAGCGCGGCUGAGCUCGGCGCUCCCGGCCCGGCCCUGGCUGAGCUGCGGCGAGCCCAGGCCGCUGGCGUGAGCCUGAGCCUCUACAUGGAGGACAGUGUGCAGCAGCUGCUGCGCGACGCUGCCGAGCGCUUCAAGGGCUGGACCAGCGUGCCAGGGCCCCAGCGCACGGAGCUGGCCUGCAGGAAGGCACCCGACGGGCACCCGCUGCGGAUGUGGAAGGUGUCCGCGGAGGUGGCGGCCCCUCCAGCUGUGGUGCUGCAUCGUGUCCUCCGGGAGCGGGCCCUUUGGGAUGAGGACCUGCUGCGGGCCCAGGUGCUGGAAGCCCUGAUGCCGGGAGUGGAGCUGUACCACUAUGUCACCGACAGCAUGGCACCCCAUCCCUGCCGCGACUUUGUGGUGCUUCGGAUGUGGCGCUCUGACCUGCCUCGUGGGGGCUGCCUGCUCGUCUCCCAGUCCCUGGAUCCCGAGCAGCCCGUGCCGGAGUCGGGGGUGCGGGCCCUCAUUCUCACUUCCCAGUACCUCAUGGAGCCUUGUGGCCUGGGCCGCUCCCGGCUCACUCACAUCUGCCGCGCUGACCUCAGGGGCCGCUCUCCUGACUGGUACAACAAAGUCUUUGGGCACCUGUGUGCCAUGGAAGUGGCAAAGAUCCGGGACUCCUUUCCCACCCUGCAGGCAGCCGGCCCCGAGACAAAGCUGUGAGCCUCGGCCUGGCCCCAGGUUGGCACCAUCCAGGCCCCCUGACACCAAGGCAGUGAGGGGAAUUGAGAGCAGACGCUGCUGCCAGGGGCCAAGCAAGGCCCAGGUGGCUGGAGCCACCGGUCCUGGUGCCCUGACCUCCUAAAGCGCCUCCGCACACACGGGGGAGAGAAGGAGAAUUUGGGUGCCCCGCUUCCACUUGACCUUCACGCCCACACCGUGUUCUGCUCUCCCCAGAGAGGAGGACCGUGUCGGCCUUCUGCCUUCCCACGACGCCGCCACUCAGCCCGAAGCCUCUGCGGCCCCUGCAUGCAGGGGUGGGAGGUGGAGAACAGUGCGUGCUCCACCCAGCUCCGGGCUCGGUGCCACACUGAAAGGCCAAGCCAUCCCGUUUGGUGCUAGGGUUCUUUUGAGAUUGGACAGGAGGUUCCGGGACCUGUCUUUGGGGCCAGCGCUGGCCCUGAACUAACUGGCUUUUCCAGAGAGCCUGGACUGGAGCAGAUGGGCACAGGGCAGAGCACAGGCCAGCCCCAGCCACUGUGAGCUGUUUUAUUUGUGUGAAUACGAAGCUGACGUUUAUGAGGCUGAUUUAGAAUGGGCACCGAUGGGCCCCUACUAGGCGCCAUGACGAUUUGGGGUAGCUUGGGAUUUGUGGGUGAGGAACCUUCCUUUCCUAAGUCUCAAGGCACCAAUGAACCAGUCUCCUCUGGCUUGGGCUUUGCGCCUGGCCUGCCACUCCCUGGGUCCAUGUAGCCUUUGGCCUCGGACUGCCACAUGUCUGGAGAGAAAUAGGCUCACUCCUGCCACCCAGGCCAAGCAAAAGCAGAGUGGCCAGGAAACCUCAUCCCUUCUGCCUCUGGUAGAGGCUAACAUACAGCCUCUUCCUGGAGCACAGACCUGGCCGGCUGGGGCUGGAGCCAAACCUAAUGUAUCCCACCUAAGCUGUCUUUGUUAGUAUGGAAAUCCAAAUACCAUUCAAAGGCCAACUGGUGCUUUAUUUUUCUAUUUGCUGAAUAAACUGGA